AUUGGAUGAAAUAGCUCAGUAUAGAGAAAUAAGCCUUAACGGAGAGCAUUCCUGAUUUAUACUAACUGAAAAUCAGAGCGCGGAACAUACCUAGAACUAUCAAAAUGUUUAGAAGUUUACUUUUGACUAGCCUGGUGCUGCAAGUCUGGUCGAUACAGAGGGCUUGUAAUAGUUGUGUGAUGAUUUGGCAAUGCAAGCCGGCCUUCGAUCUCGCAUUAUACAAAAGGGACAACGAAACAAUGAAACUAUUUCGAGAAGCGCAUUGUGGAUUUCAACAGUACAAUGGCGAAUUUAUUUCUAAGGUGUGCUGUUCAGAUUUUCCAACUCUUGAGAAAAGUAAAGAAAACUUGCUACCUAAUGUAUGUGGUAGUAUUUCUGGUAAAAGAAUUAUCGGCGGCAGGAAAGCCGACCUGGCCGAGUUUCCUUGGAUGGCAGUUAUAAGAUAUAAAGAUCCCAAUAGAAUGUGCGCUGGUAGUGUCAUCAAUUCCAAAUACAUUCUUACAGCAGGGCAUUGCGUAUUCUAUUGGAAAAUCGAAUACGUUAGAGUUGGAGAAUUCAAUUUGCAUACGGAUCCCGACUGCGAAUAUCUUCCUGGAAAUACUGUUAAUUGCAGACCACAUAUUGAGAUGAAGAUUGCGAAGGUUAUCACUCAUGAACAAUUCAAUAUGAGCCCCUCAAAGAACGAUAUCGCUUUACUACGUCUUGACGGUGUGAUUGAUUUCCAUAAGAGCGGAAUAGAACCAAUUUGCUUACCUGUGCCAUCUGGCCUACGCAACAAAAAUCUUGCAUACAGAACUGGUAUAGUCACUGGUUGGGGAUACACCGAAUAUAAAGAGCUCUCUGAUAUUCUUCUAAAAGUUAUGGUCCCUGUUAAACCGAAGUGUGACGCUAUGCACAGCAUAUGCGCCGGGAUAAAGAACAAAGACUCCUGCAUCGGGGAUUCUGGUGGUCCUCUGAUGAUGACAGACUUCUAUAAUAAUGUCAAUCGUUAUAUACAAUAUGGUAUAGUGUCAUUAGGACCAAAGGAAUGUGGUUCGUCAGCAGGAGCGGUUUACGUGGAUGUUACAAAAUAUGUAACAUGGAUUUUAGACAAUAUAAGUGUGGUCAUUGCAUUACUAAUUAAAAUGUUAUUAAAAAUAGUGCUUUUCGUGUUCCAGAUUUAUCUAGUAGAUUCCUGGCGACAAUGUGACGACUGUAUUAGUAGCUUGGCGUGUGCAAAAACAUAUAAUAUUACAAGUUUUUUUGAGACACCAGAGUCUCUCCUUCAAUUGUAUCAAAGUAUUUGCGGUUUCGACGGCAAUCCAAAGGUAUGCUGUUCUGAUUUCGCAUCAUCACCACAGAUAAGUGUAAGAAUAAAUAAUGCAAUAGACGUUGGUGAAUACGUGAAAGUGAAACGUGACAUGAAAGAGAAUAUUGGGUUACUACCGAAAAACUGCGGAAUUACCUCCUUUGUCGAGGAUCGAAUCUACGGGGGAAGCAUUGCAGAGUUACACGAAUUUCCUUGGAUGGCGCUUAUAUCUACUUAUAUAGAUUCCGAAAAUAACUUGGAUUUCACCUGUGCUGGGACCAUUAUUAAUUCAAAGUACAUCUUAACAGCGGCCCACUGUGUGGUCAGAAGGAAAUUAGCUGGUGUGAGGGUCGGAGAAUAUAAAAUUGACAGGAAAGACUGCUCUUUAGACAAUAGUAUUUGUGACGAGAAUUAUCAGGAUCUAUUCAUAGAAAAAUCUAUUUCCCAUGAGAAAUAUUUAUCAGACGGGAACACAAAAAGGCCAUCGCACGAUAUAGCGUUGAUACGAAUAGAAGGAGAGAUCGAUUUUAGUCAAGAUAACGUUGCUCCAAUAUGUCUACCUCUACAAAAGGAAUUUCGCGAGAGUGAUUUAGUCAACGAGGAAGGAGUUGUCGCGGGAUGGGGAGCUAUCGAAACAGGAAUGCGAUCAACUGAAUUGCUUAAAGUGAACAUUAAGAUACUUAAUGAUGAUUCAUGCCAGAGAACGAAUAACACUAUAUGCGCUGGCAAUCUCGGCAAAGAUUCUUGCCAUGCAGACUCCGGCGGGCCUCUUAUGAUUCAACAACCUGAAAGCUACCGAUAUAUUCAAUAUGGUGUUGUGUCGUUUGGAAACAUUGAUUGUGGGUCCGGCUCAGCAACCUACACGGAUGUCAGAAAGUACAUAGACUGGAUAUUGGAAAAAAUUGAGAAAUAAUAUCGCACGAAAUCUUAUAUUAGCAUCAUGAUGUUCACCAGUUCACCAGUAUAAUAUGACACGUUCGUUAAUUAAUAAGAAAAAUGUUUUAUUUGAAAAGAAAUAUCACAAAUUAA